AGAUACUUCUCACUGCUGAUGUUAAAACCCGGAAAUACUUCUCAUCCAUUAAUUACUUGGUUUCUACGCUCUCGUAUGCUAGCUGCUGUCCACUUAGGGCCGUGUUGGUCAGCUUCCUCUGCACUGUCCUUUUUCUAUUCUGUGGCAGCAUUGAAUCAAUUGAUUGAAGGUAGAAACUGAACAUUCGUGUCUUCCCAUCGUGCGCACGCUUGGAGUUGGACCGUGAUUUUGUUUGAGGAAUCUGUGUUUUCGUGUUUACAGAUUUUGGAGUAGAGCUGGAGUAAUUCGGUGGAUUUUUCUCUCUCUGUAUUUUCAGAUAGACGGGAAAAUUUCUAAUAUAAUUGUCGUCUGGGCAAGAGGGAAAUGCAGAAUUGAAAAAGAUAAUUCGGGAAUUGUGAAGGUCUGAAGCAUACACAGAGGCUUUGUUUCCGUCCCCUCAUAAUUCACAUCACGUCUACCAAUGUAAAGAUCAGGGUCCUCAUCACUACAGCUAAAGAAGCAACUCAGAGACAACCACCUUUUGAUAGUGAUACCUGGAUUGCAUUCCUACGGAGAUUGCAUUCCUAUGAUUAGCUGGCCGGUGAACAAUAUUGAAUUCAAAGUGGAUCGGGAUAUUCAAAAUAUGGUUUUGUUCUCAAAGAAAUAUCAGUAUUAAUGAAACAUUGAAGGAAUCCUUUAAAUGAAAAUUCUAAAAUCAUUCUAAAGAAUGAAGCCUGACGCGAGGUUUUCACACUGAUAUCGUGUGUUACCUGUAGGAAACGCUGGCUGCGAUGCAUUUCUAAGCAUCGAUUCUUUGGAAACGCUGCGUGGGCAUUCCUGUUCUUAAGCAGCUCGCGGGAGCCAAAGUUCACCAAACGUAUUAAUGUCGUAUUCAGACACCAAAAAGAACACAGCAUUUGAAUUUUUACAGUUGACCACGACACAAAAUGAAAACCAAUCGGAUGCACAUGCGGUGUUUCUUGGAAAUGCGUCAAAAGACAUUUUCAUAAAUUUUACGUCAAAUUUCACCAUGGCACAGACGAUGAACGAGAGCACAUAUUCCCCCGGUGAAGCAGCCAUUGGUGUAGUGCUCGCAAUGUUUUCUUUUAUAACUAUUGUUGGAAAUAUUUUAGUUAUUGUUGCAGUGACAAAAGAGCUUUACCUACGAACGGUUACCAACUACUUUAUCGUCUCAUUAGCGGUGGCAGAUCUUAUGGUGGGAAGCAUUGUGAUGCCUUUUGCGAUAACAUUGGAACUUACUGGACAAGUAUGGUUGUUUGGGCCAGAGUGGUGUGAUAUGUGGCAUUCUUUUGACGUUCUAGCAAGUACAGCGUCCAUACUCAACCUAUGUGGAAUAUCUUUAGACAGAUACUGGGCCAUCAGUGACCCUAUCAAGUAUACCUCCAGAAUGACAGUUUGUCGGACGUGGCUUUCUAUAGCUCUCGUCUGGUUACUGUCGGCAGGCAUUUCUUUUCCCGCCAUUGCCUGGUGGAAAGCCGUAACACCGGAUAUACCUGCAGAAAAUGAGUGUAUAUUUACUUCCGACAGUGCCUAUUUAAUCAUUUCAUCACUUGUCUCGUUUUAUUGUCCUUCAAUUAUUAUGAUGGUUGUUUACUGGAAAAUUUAUAUGGCUGCAACAGCACAAAUUCGAAGUUUAAAAGUUGGUCAAAAGACCUUAACCUCUAAUGGCGCCAGGGGGAACCGUGAAGUUAUGACGUUACGAAUACAUCGAGGGGGAGGCGGGGGUGGGACUGCUAUGUCUCGGCAGUCCUCGGACGAGUACUCGCAGUCCUUUGAAAAGUGUCUCAGUGAUUGUGAAAGACAGACAUUAGUGACGAACGGCAAAAGGAAUUCAGAUUCCGCUUCACACCGACCGGCGAGAUGUAUAACCAAACGCAUCCGUCAGUUUGCCAUUAGCAAAAAAUUAACAAAGGUGGCCCGCGAACAAAAAGCGGCCAAAACUCUUGGAAUUGUGGUAGGAGUGUUUAUUUUGUGCUGGGUACCAUUUUUUGUGUUCAAUAUUUUGGAGGGAAUAUGUCAUGAUGAGUGUUUAACACAUAAAGACAUAUUGUUUCCUCUAUUCACAUGGCUCGGAUAUAUUAAUUCAGGCAUGAAUCCUAUUAUAUACGCAUUAUCAAUGAAAGAUUUCCGUCGAGCUUUCGGGAAAAUUAUAUUUUGUUUUUGUCCUAAGACUAAAUUCCAGUAUCAUAAUACAUACCAAUCAAAGAAAUGUUCUUCCACAUCCAGCUUUGUGGUCGUCACUCAGACAGAACGAGGCUGACCUUUGAACUCUAAUUGUGAUGUCAUUGUAGAUUAUUCUGGUGGUCUACCAGAAAUAAAUAUGUGAAUCAUUGUAUGUUUCUUUUUACCUUUAGCAACAUUU